CAACUGUUGCUUUUUACUGUUGCACUCUUCGGCGUUGGCACUGAACUGCUUUCUUGGACCCGAGGAGUCGCUCCUCUUUCCAUUUCAUUCAUCCCGUAUUCGAGUGCUCGUCCUCGUCGCCACCCCGACCAGUUCCACCAGUUGCACAGACCACCACCAUGUCUGAUCAGGAGGACCAGAAGCCCGCUGCUGCGAGCCAGCCCGAGCAGGAAGAGGAGGAGAUUGAUCUCUCGGAUGAACCCACGACAGCGCCGGCCCCGGCCGCGCGGACGUCGGGCGUCGUAGGCCGUGAUUACGAACGUGGCACCGACAAUGGUGCAGCAACUGCCACCAAGGGCCAAGAUGGAGAGGCCGCAAGCGGGGAAGCUGGUGCGGAGACAAACGUGACCGCCGGUCAACGCAUCAGCAACUGGUGGCAGGAAAAGGCCAAGCCCGGCUUGGCUCAAUUUGGCACCGUCUCUCGCCAAAAGAUGACCAUGAUGAAGCAAAAAGUCAACGAGCUGCGAGGCGUCAGCACCAAAACCGUUGAUUUGGACCUGCAACCGCGUUUCGAGAAGCUUCACCUCCUUCAGUCCCAAUAUCGCACCAUCACGGAAACCUGCAAAGCUCUCAGCCGCCAGCUGCAGUCUGCCGCCAACAGCCACGAAGGCCUUGCUGCUUGCUUUGGCAAGCUGGCAGAAUUUGAGAGCCCAGACCUCCGCGUCCAGUUUGGCGCCCAUGCCAACUUUAUGAGCGUAUAUAGUGCAAACCUGCUGGGCUUGAACAAUGCUCUCACAUACUUCCAGUCCCAGGUCGAUCAAGUCACCACCGAGCUGUAUGCCGUCAUCAAGCAAGUGCGCAUCUACGAGAACAUUCGUCUUGAAUACGACGGCUACCGUGUGGAUUACGAGCACAAGAAGGAGGCCGGGCGUACCGUGGAGACGGCAGAGGCCAAGUUUCUUGACGCGUACAAGCGCUUCCAGGAGAGCCGCAAGCAGACGGUUGAUGCUCUGGACGCGUUUGACAUUGACAAGGCCAGCAAGAUCAAGCAACAGCUCAACGGCCUGCUGCAUGCAUACAUGCUGCUGCAGUCGGGCAACAAGUCGGCGCUCAACGAGUGCACGCAGUCAAUUCAGACGGGUGCCGCGACGGGAACCAGUAGCGCCGCAACUCAGGCAGCCGCCCCUGCCGCCGAGGGCAGUGAUUGAAGUGUCAAAUAGUCUUGGGCCGUGAGCUUGUGCAUACGACCCGCUGAAUACAGCAGGAUGAUUUCGUUGUUGUGAAUCAAGAGCUGAUC